ACAACAUGAUAACGGACCCAGUAUAAGCUAAUGUACACCAACUUUCAAACAAAGGACCACCAUUCCCUUUAGGACGGCCUACAAGCCAGUUUGCUCCGAAGCCAAGCUGCUAAAAACAGAAAGAAGCCUGUUGCAAGUGAAGUUGAAAACGGCAGUUUAUUAGCGAAACAACGGCAAUGGGGAAGGGCGAAAUGAAGGUGCAAAACCGGAGACACAGCCGAGAUAUGGAGGAGUUCAGCGGCUGGCAGAUACUAUGGAAAAUGGGAAUGCCAUUAUUAUACGUCUUGGCUUUUCUCUCUGGCAUUGUCGGGAUCAUUUGCAAUGGUAUAAUCUCACACUACUGGUCAAACCUACUUACACCCAUGUGUUUCCUCUAUUCAAGGACGCCAAGCACCAUCGGAUAUACCUUCGGAAGUGCCGUCGCCAACUGCCACUGGGUGACUUAUGGUGCCACUGUGGGAGUCGUACUUUUAUUUCUCUGCGCUUUACUUUACUUCAUAAAGGUCCGUUCCAGUGACGACCCAGGCAUGUUUUUGUAUUUACUUUUGAUUUGCGUGGUUCUGGCAACGAUAUUCCUGCUCGCUGUGUCCUGCACUCUCGCGGAGGGCAUGCGGGUCACGUGCGCGUCGAUGGGAAUAAACUCUGCCAAUAACAAAGGGGAAUCGUGCUACGACAAACUUGAACAACGGGUGCAACAGUACAGCCUCCCUGUGUCCACGGCUUCAAUGGUGCAAGCAGCGAUGUAUUCUCUAUGGGGAUCAACAGUCUUUUCAGCCUUCAUUGCUUGGUUUCAUCUUCGUCUGUACUUCCGGUCCCUCUGAGGAUAAAGACGUCCACUGAUUCAUGGGUGUGUGUGUGUGUGCAUAUGUUUAUAUAUAUAUA